AACUACUAUACGUAUGUAUCUGCAGAGAUUGGACCUUGUGGCACGCUGCCCCGCUAUACAGCCCACCCCGCGAUUAGGAGCUGGACACUAUCGUCAAUACACACCACACGAAUUAGUUGGAAUUGUUCUCAUACUUGACAUGUUAAUAUGACUCCCGAAAGUGACGAUCCACUCAUCAAAGCCUUACCUCCGGCGACUGACUAUUUAACCUACCUGACCCUACUCGAGUACCAGCUCACUCCCGCACGCCUACCGACCCUCCAUCGAUUGUUGCAAGAUGAGGUCCUGACAACAAACAUCGGCUGGGACCUCGUACAGAUCCUUCUGCCCAUGCUCCCGGAGUCGCAAGACUGUCUUCAAGAUGUUGCCCGACUGGGAAAUCCACGUGAAGUCAUACUGAGAGUUUCGGAUAGCCUGAUGAAGCUGGAGCCUGGCGAGGACAACACUCCAAAACUCAUCAUGCAGUUUAAUUGUUUGGUCGCCAUGCUGUCCGUCCUCCACCGCCGCAUCAAGACUAAAUACCCCAGCCGUUUUAUCGCAACCUCGCUGCAAGCGGCGCUGGAGGCUUACAGCUCAAUGCCGACAAACGAGACGACCAAUGCAAUUCUAGAAUUUCUCCGAGAUCUAUCUCCCUCGAAGCGACCUACAUUGCCGCCUCGUGGGACAAGCAGUUCCUAUGUAGUACGGGUAUCGCAAGCAUCCGCACCUGACCCCGAAGCCGCCUAUGACGAACCAACAGCAUCUGAUGAUACCGCGGUGCAACAAAAACUGGUUCAAUUUGGUUUGAUUGAGGUUCUCAAGACGUAUAUGCUUAGUCUGUCCACUCCGGACAACUCUGGAUUGUGGCUUGCUUUAAGAUUACUAGAAAAAUUCGACCAGCGGGAAACACCAUCGACAUCGAGGAUCCGGAUGUAUACAGAGGAUGAACAACUCAAGGAACGCGAUUUGAUAGUGGGAAGGAUCUGUGUUUUAUCACGCGACAUCUGCAUCAAUGAUGAAGAUAUCUUGGGUCUCGUUUCCGCCCCGGUCGAAUCUCAUCCACUACCUCUUGAUUUUGAAGAGGUACCAAAAGCGGCAGAGGAAAUACCACUAGAAAGACACGGCGCUUUGCUCUUGCUGGCCGCGCGGUCUUCAGCAGCCACUCUGUUCGAGGGUGCUGAAACGGCACAUAUACCAAUAUAUCCAGAUCUAGAAGUAAUUAUGUCCAACUUUGUUGGUGUUGCAGACGAUGCUGCCGAUGAACAGACCCAGACUCUUUACGAUGCAUUGUUAGCACUCACUAUAAUGUCGUCUCAGAAACUUGCUGAGAACCCAGCAAAUGAUAGACAAUUUACAGAGCUGGUGCUGGCAUUGACCAAAUGCAGUUAUCGCCAAGCCUACAAUGGUCUUCGGAAUAUUCCAGCUACCAUCGUCCACAGCAAUCCAUCAGAGCAUGCUCGGUUUAGACUGAUAAAAGAUAUUAUACAAAAAGAGGAGCUUCUUUAUGCUCGAGAAAGCGCAAUAAGCUGGCUCAAAGACGAGAUACUAACGGCAGCAAAGACACAGAGUGAUAAUGGCAAUAUAUUCAUCAACCCGCAACAUUUCUCGGAAAUCUCAUCAGCCCUUUACAACACUUCCGAGAUUGAAUCUCUUGAUAUGUCAGCAGGGAUAGUCGUAUCAUGGAUUCGCUUUUCACAAUCUCUCGCGCCGUACCUUCAUUCUGCGCUGAAUUUAUACUACCUCAUUAUCAGCUCCUCUCAGCUGCGUGAGCAACUCAAGAUAGAAAAUGGGCAUACCUCAUUUCGCAAGAACUUUCUCAAGCCACUGAAGUCAAUUUGUCACGCGUUCGAAGGAGACUUGAUGCAGAAUGGGGGCGACGGUCGUAUUGAAACCGUUGUGGGCGAGGAUAUGUGUCAAGUUGGCAUGGCACAGUCUGUUGGGCUGCUAUAUAACAUCAUUGAACAGGUGGAUGAGCUCCUGAGCGAUUUAUACGCAGACUGACGCCCUCGUUGAAUAGACUUUGGACUAUAUCUAUGCUCGUUGCCGCUUACUGAAGCUGUUUGUAAUAUACUUAGGAGGGUAACUAUUUACGCAUGUCCCGGAAAAAAAAAAACCAGAAACGAUCAUACUAUGUGCAGUUCUUGCUUCAAGCGAACGUCGGAUAUGUACAUUGGUGGAAACGUUUCUUCAAUGCACAUAUUUUGAAUAGAUCAAGAAUGCCAGUGUAGAAUUGAAUGAAACCGUAUCACAAUAUUGGAGAAAAGGGCAAGUACAUCACAAGAAGAUAACGAAAAAGGGCGGGUAAAGAGCCAACGAUAUGAUGAAUCCACCACUGAACAUGCAGUUCCAUCAACCUUGGGUGUCUUUUGGCUGGUGAUCAAGUUAGUGAGACCCAGAUUGAUCAUAUGCAAGGCAAAACCGCUCUCAUACAUGAUCAGAAGGUGGUUCGUAUUGAAUUAUACGACGAUGAUGUCGCAUUGUUUGAGAGGUAACAUAAAACAGCGAAGCGAAAGCGAGAAGGGAUGCUAUCACGUCAGGUGUCGUGGUCUUCCGUUCUUCAUGGCACUGCAGG